GAACUUGGCUAAACACAUUUCGGUAUUUCUUUAUUCUUACACACCGACCUCACUGGCAGCCGCCAUUUUCUUUCCUGUUUGAGAAACAUCAAGAUGCCUGAACUGACUGAAAUCAAGAACGAGGCUGCUCCCUCCACCUCCGCUGAGGCAAAGGCCGAGGACGUUCGCGUUGAGGAUGAUGGCAGCGACAGUGACUCUGACGGCGACAUGCCCGGUCUGGAGGAGGCCGUUGCCGCCACAACACAGCUGGGUGGUGGAGCCACCGGUCUGCCAAUCGACCUGGUCUCCAAGGCCAAGCAGUCGCGCGGUGAAAAGAAGGCCAGGAAGAUCAUGCUUAAGCUCGGCCUGAAGCAGAUCCAGGGCGUUAACCGCGUGACCAUCCGCAAGUCAAAGAACAUCCUGUUCGUGAUCAACAACCCGGAUGUUUACAAGAACCCCCACAGCGACACCUACAUCGUCUUCGGCGAGGCCAAGAUCGAGGAUCUGUCGCAGCAGGCCCAGGUGGCCGCUGCUGAGAAGUUCAAGGCUCCGGAAGCCGCUGGUGCCGCCGACAGCGUUGGUGCCACCACAUCUGUGGCUCCGAUCGCGGAGGAGGAUGAGGAAGAAGUCGACGACACUGGCGUUGAUGAGAAGGACAUUGAACUAGUCAUCACGCAGGCGAACACGACGAGGGCCAAGGCUAUAAAGGCACUGAAGAACAAUAACAACGACAUAGUUAACGCCAUCAUGGAGCUGACAAUGCUCUAGGCGCUUCAGUAGCUGCUGCGUCCACUGCUUUCGUUGUUUACCCGCCUUUCGAUCCAUAUUGACCUAAAUGUAAAUGUUUUGCUUGCCCCCAGCGGGCAUCGCAUGUACACCAGUCGAACAUUUAAUUAUUUUUUCAAAAUAUUACUGAAACUAAAAUAAAGUGGAAUUUAUUCAGAUA